UUAUUAUUCUAUGAAUCUGAUUUGAAUGUUUAAAGAGGCGCGAAAAUUUAUACUGCGCGCGCGACUCUCGAGCUAUAUCAUUUGGGCAGCUGUUGGAAUCAGCCAUCCCCCUUCUGUUGGACGCGCGACCAAAGUGACAAAUGAAGAUCAUCAGGUCGAUUCGCGCGGCAAGCGAUCAUACGCACACGUUAUGCCGAAUAGAAAGGACGCCUUACCGCACGCUCGAACAAUGGAAGCCACCGACGAGGAAAUCGAUGUCGAGUCCUUGGACGAGGACGAGGAGAUGCCGCCGCUACGACUUUCAUCUUCAUCAUCGAGCUUCGACGAGGAUGCAGAUUCUCCAGCUUCGAUGAUUCCCAUUGUAAGUGUGGACAUGGACGUGGAAGAGGAAGAGAGCCUGGCUACGCUGAAAAUCAGGCUACUAGAUGAACCACUGCGACAACACAAAAUCGAAACGAUGGCAGGAACGAGAGUGUUAUCCAAAAAACAAUUUCGUGCGUUUGAGAAAAUAAUUCCUAUGAAAAGAGGAAAAUUUUCUAUUCGUGAGGAUGCCCGCUUAACGAAGAAUUGGAGGAACUUUUGCACAGUACACAAUUGGAGCCCCAAAAAUACUUCCCCCUUUAUGAUGAUGAGGAGUGAAAAUGGUACUUACUUGAUGCCGAAAUUGGAGGAAAGGCGGAAGUUCGUCCAAUUUCUCGCCAAAGACUUGAAGAACCGAUCGCUAUAUAGCGUGUAUAACCGGUUCAAAAAGCUAUGUAAUCAACCGGAAAAAAGCGGACGAUUCACGAAAAGAGAGGAUGAUACAAUCCUCCGAAAUUUGAGUCUAGGAGCAGCAGCAUGCUCCACUUCCGCAAAAGAUCUAAAGAGGGACAAGCUUUCGAUUCGCCACCGAACAAAGCGAGUGCGUGUCGUAAAAACGGCAGGGAAAGAACUCGUCGAAAACGAAAGAUCGGCGUGUCACAUGGAUAUGUAACGCAAGUUGAUGAGCAAACGUACACACAUCAGGCAAAAACGAUCGACCGUUACACGCGCUCGUCGCUAAUUACGGGCCUUGAGAGUCUCAACGUCGUCACGCGCAUCAUCUCCGAAACGUACACGUAAAUACGGCGUGAGUGCGUAAACAGGUAGCGCACUGCUUGUAUGAUGCCGAUUCGGAGGCGUAAGUGCAGUAGGCGCCGUGGCGGCGCGAUAGCAAUAUAAGUAAUAACGCCACGACUCGGCACUUUUCCGCGGUGCGGCGUGUCCGCCCCCUUAAUGAUUCUUCCGUCCUGAAAAUGGCAUUUUCUCGAGAAAGCGCGCGGCAUCGUGGUCCGAUCUUACUUUGGGUAGCGGUGCUCCGAAAAGAGCCGCUACCAGCAGUGUAUAGGUACACAGCGUACGCCAGCAUAAUAUUAGCACGUCGGUCAAGUGCUCUCGUCGGGAUCUAAUCAAUGAUUACGUCGUGCGGCCUAUACACACACGCGCGGGCAGCGGAAAAAUGCGCGCGUAGCGCCCUGUAAUUAGGAACAUCCAGAAAGAAGCGCACAGAAAAAGUAGACGGAGAAGCGAAGGAGGAGGCGGACAAGCGAGUAGGUAUGCGAGAGAGAGAGAGAGAGCGCCGAGCGAGGAAUGACAGCGGUUUAAAAGGAAUAUAAGUAAGCGCCGAGGCGGGGCACUUUUUCUCCUUCCCUCAUCUUUUUUAACGCGCAGCUCCUCUGCUCUCGCAUCCUUCUAUCUCUCUUAUAGCUACAAAACUAGACUUGCGCGCGCGCUGAGUAUAGAGCGUAGAGGCGUCGUAUUUUUGGAAUGAAGGGCCCUACCCCACGUACACCUCUCGGAUGAACAAGGCCCGCGCAGCGAGCGGAGGCGGGCAAUGUGUACGCGCGGCAUCUGGUUGCGGGCUGCGGCCGAUAUAUUAUAUUCCGAGGCCGCCGCGACAUGUGUGCGAUACCUAUAGAGUAGACGAGAGGGGCUGUGUAUAUGUGCCUGACUUGUGUUAUACAUUUUCAAGGGAGAAAAAGCGCGUUAACGAGGACCGCAAGGUUCGUCCGUUGUCCUUGCGAGAAAGAACAACGCGUCAAAGGCACUCGCUCAAGCACGUUCGGCUUGAGAGCUAAGUGCUCUUUGCAAGGGCAUGCGCGUUUGUCAUUUACUCAUUUUAUGAUGUUAUCGAACUUUUCCGCCGUGCUUUAUCGCAAUAAAACGUCAAACUUGACUCUUGUGGCGAUUAUGUUCCGAUUCCUCGCACCUUUAUUCUGUAGCGUUUAUUACUUAGUGUUUCUUUUAUUAUGAGAUAUGAAAAAGCACGCGAAUGGUGAUUCAUGUUUUAACAACAUUGUCAUCGCAACGAGUAUAAGCUUUUACGAACGAAUGAAGAUUAAUUAGGCGCAGUCUGUUGAAAUUGGAAGCAUGUUUUUCGGCAGCGUUAUACAAACAGUAUAUAGCUAUAUGUAUAGGCGCAUGCGGCGACGACAAAGCCGUAUUAUUUAAGCUCAAUAAUGUGGCCGUAGUCGAAAAUGCAGAGUGCAUUAGAGAGGAUCUCUCUAUUAUAGAACGCAUAACGAUGUUUAGCUGUUAGACUAUAUAUAAUAUGAAUCUCCGCUGUGUAUGUACCUCGAAUCAUCCAUCAAGCAAUACCGUAUCAUGCGCACUCCGGACUGCAAUUAAAAGUUGAAAUCGGAUUUCGAUUGUAAUCUUAAAUUAUAUCUGUGUUUAGAACGUUUAUUUGUAAGUUUAUUGAAUAGUUCAAACUUUUAGAAUGAAUAAAGAAGAAUUUCGAAAGUAA